AUGUUCCUUAAUGAGAUGAAUCGCAUUUAUGAGAUCAUACACCCCCUGGCAUUCCAAACAAGAUACAACUCAUGGUGGAUCUCCCAGGAAAAUAACGACUUUCAAACAGUCGUCUCAUCUCCAGGCGACGAUUGCGACUUCGGCCUGCUUAUUAUUCGCAUGUGUCUGCUUAGUUGUCAGUGUCUACCACAUCCAAAGUACCCUACCAAGGGAGUUGUGCAUACGCAUCUGAGUGAGUUGGAGGAAUGGCUCUACGCAACAGCAGACCAAAUCGAUACAGCUCGGGCACCUCAUCCUCCCUCCACUAUCACGGUUCAGCAAAGAUUCUUCAAUGUGUGCUAUCUGAAGAAUUACGCCAAAAUAAGAGAAGCCUGGUCUGUUCUAAGUGCUGCGAUCAAGGAUGCGCAUGAAGUUGGUUUGCAUCUAAAGGACCCAGGCAUUAUUAUCAGUGAAUUAGAUUUGGAAUAUCGCAGACGAACCUUUUGGUCUUUGUACGUCUGGGAUAGAUUCAUGUCUUCAUUUUUUGGACACUGGCCACUCAUCCCCGAGGGUUAUUUUGACAUUGAUCUUCCCCAUGAUAAUCUGCAGGCAUAUACAGUCAGCCCUUAUAUACUUACACCAUUCACAAGCCGAGUCGUUCAUAUCAAAUUAGCGCGAUAUAUGACCGCUUUCAUGAGUCCACCUUCCUGGAGAAGCGACCAACUCGACCCGAUUGUUGUCGCCGACUUUUCUCAGCGUUUCCAGGAGGUUAUUCUUGAUCAAUUGCCACCUGCAUUUUGGCUCGAUAAUGCGGACACAACUUGGGACGCCGUGGAUCCCACCAUCACCGGCAAGAGAAGCUUACUGCAUAUGUUUGUCGUUUCCACAAAGGCCGCGCUAUACAAAGCAUUCGCCGACCCCUGCAACAAUCUUCGUCAGCCCAAGGAUGGACGCCCGAAUUACAGAGGUGAUCUUCUUGCCCUGUCUCAUCGACGGUCUCUGAUGAAAGAGACCUGCGGGGUGAUUAGCUCGAUCCACAAGCUCUAUAUGCUGCCACCAGAUGAGAGGAGCGAAGCUGGUGACAACCUGUUUCUAUUUCCAACAUUCAUGACAGAGGCACUGACAUGUCUUGGGGUAUGUUUGUUGUCCAUCCAAGCCGACAGGGACAUUCUUGCAGCAAACGGGAUCCAGGUCAGCUCCGACCCGGGACUGCAAUAUAGUUACGCGGCAUUCUUCAACGGAUACAACGUGAUCUGUCAGCAAGCUCCCAGAUAUGCACUGGCCAGGAAAGCCAUGAGGAUCAUGGAAGGGUUUCACGGAACAGUGCGUGCCACAGCGUGCAACCAAUAUCCGGACAUAGUUGAAGUGGAUUACGCGCCAGGAACAUUGACUGCGGCAGGCACUGUUGGCAGUGUCAAUGUUUUCCAACUGGAGCAUGCAUUGGUUUCCAUGUACAGCCAAGGUGGGGAGAAGGUCACUAGUAAUACCAAUUUACCACUUCCCAGUUGGUUGCCUUCUUUCCUUGAUUCACCUGCUCGAAGCUGGGUGUUUCAAAAUGGGGCGUUUUUUAGGGAUUUGCUCGCUUAG